AUGGCGGCUCUCGAGGGAGGCGUGGCCGCGUGUGCGGUCGUAUCGGGGACGGCCGCCGUUUCGAUGACCUUAAUGGCACUGGCUGGUGUGGGAGAUAACAUUGUUGCAGUAUCGACGGUCCAUGGGGGCACAUACCAUCAGUUCAAAGUCCUCGCUCCGCAAUUGGGGAUCGGAUGUCGUUUUGUCCCCUCCAAUGACCCCGAAGACUUUCGAGCCUUGAUUGAUGAGAAGACAAAAUUCAUUUUCGUGGAAAGCAUUAGCAAUCCAAAGUAUACCGUUCCCCAUUUCGAAGCCCUGGCGGAGAUUGCCCAUACCCAUGGCAUCCCUUUGAUUUGUGACAACACUUUUGGCUGUGCCGGUUAUUUCUGUCGACCUAUCGACCACGGGGUCGAUAUUGUCCUUCAUUCCGCCACAAAAUGGAUCGGAGGCCAUGGAACAACCCUGGGCGGAGUAAUUGUCGAUGGUGGGACAUUUGAUUGGGGUACUCACGCCAAUAAAUUCCCCCAAUUUCAUAGAGACGGCGGUCAAGAGGGCAGCGGCGAGGUUAGUUUGUGA